AUGUCGAGAUCAAUUGCCAUUGCGUCUCGUUCGCUCCAGAGACUUACUGCAAGGCCAAUUGCGAGACAAGCAGCCUCUCGCCAGUUUCUCGGCGCUGCCCCUCAUCGUCGACUUCAUCUGCCCCUCUAUCGCCCCUCCCCCUCAUUAUCUCUAUCGCUGUCUCACUCAACUCCAUCAUCGUCAUCAACAAGAUCAUUUUCCACCACCAAAAUGGCUCCCGUCCCCGCAACCAUGAAGGCCGUCCAAAUCUCCAAGAUUGGCGGCCCCGAGGUCCUCGAGUACACCGAGAUCCCCGUGCCGGCCCUCGGCGCAGGCCAGGUGCUCGUCCGGAACCGCUUCGCCGGCAUCAACUACAUCGACACCUACUUCCGCUCCGGCCUGUACCCCGCGCCGUCGAUGCCCCUGGUCAUGGGCCGUGAGGCUUCAGGUGAAGUCGUCGCCGCGCACGCCUCUGUCUCGGGCUUCGCUCCAGGUACCCGCGUGGCGUACAUGGCCGGCGCUCCCUCGGCCGCUUAUGCAGAGUUCACGGCUGUGGACGCCGCAAAGGUGAUUGCCAUUCCCGACCAGCUGUCCAGCGAGGAGGCCGCGGCGAUCUUCCUGCAGGGCUUGACGGCGUGGACGUUCAUCCGCGAGGCGGGCGAGGUCAAGGCUGGCCAGUGGACGCUGGUGCAUGCUGCGGCGGGUGGCGUGGGCACGCUGCUGGUGCAGAUGCUGAAGAGCGUCGGGGCCAAGAUCAUUGCGACGGCGAGCACGGAUGAGAAGCUGGCGCUGGCGAAGGGUUACGGCGCGGAUUAUCUGGUGAACUCGAAUGACGACAUUGUGAGCAAGGUCAAGGAGAUUACGGGCGGGCAUGGCGUUGAUGCCAUCUUUGACGGCGUUGGCAAGGCGACGUUUGAUGCUGAUUUGCAGAUGAUUGCCCUCAAGGGACAUCUCAUCUCAUUCGGCAAUGCAUCUGGAGCCGUUCCCCCCGUCAACAUCCUGCAGCUCGGUCCCAAAAACGUCAAGCUGAUGAGACCCAUUGUCAACGGCUACGUCUCUGAAAGAGCAGACCUUGAAAAGUACACUUCCGAGCUCUUUGACCUUGUCAUCUCCAAAAAGGUCGAGGUCAAGAUCCACAACAUCUACUCGCUCAAAGACGCUGCCCAGGCGCACAUUGACCUCGAGAGCAGAGGAACAACCGGCAAGCUGCUACUUAAGAUUGAGUAG